AUGGCUGAACAAGGUCUCUUCUCGUCCGACCUCAUCUCCCCUGAAGUCUCUGCCGCACUUCCUGAAGGCUACACCGCUCGUUCUCUGCGACUAUCCGACUACGAUGCCGGCUUUCUCGACUGCCUACGCGUUCUGACGACUGUCGGUGAGAUUAGCAAAGACCAAUUCGCUGAGAGGUACCAGUGGAUGUCAUCACAAGACACGUACUAUGUCCUCGUCAUUGAGGACGCUACAAGGGGGAAGAUCGUAGGGACAGGAGCACUACUCGUAGAGAGGAAAUUCAUCCAUAGUCUCGGUCUAGUCGGCCAUAUCGAAGACAUUGCCGUCGCGAAAGAUCAGCAAGGCAAGAAGCUUGGUCUUCGUCUGAUUCAAGCGCUCGACUUCAUCGCCGAGAAGGUCGGCUGCUACAAGACCAUCCUCGACUGCAGCGAAGCGAACGAGGGCUUCUACGUAAAGUGCGGGUUCAGGAGGGCUGGGCUAGAAAUGGCCCAUUACUAUAACAGUGACAAGAGUAAGGCCCAGUGAGAAGCGAGCAGGCAAUCGAUAUCGUAUAUACCUACACUAGCUACACCAUGCGUGUGUCUUUGGUACCUCGGCUGACUCCGAGCGUUUGGUAGAGCCGAAGAUUUAGGUUAAUGAGUCGCCCUUCUCGGGGAUGUCAAAAACGAUAAAAAGGGACGGGACAUGGGAUAUAUAUACUACUAGGUUUCGGGUACCUGGCAGAGAAAACUCUGUGUCGCGAGAACAUUUGAUACAGGAUAGAGUAUAGAGAGCCUAGAAUCUGAAGACAUGUGAAAGAGGGACAUGUGAUGAGACCUCCAACAAUAGGCUUGGAUUUCAUCAGUCCAUUACGACGCUGAGUAGACAACGCUAUAUCGGACCAUACUUUAUACUAAGCCCAAAAUAUCGCCUUCUCCUUCGGGUUGGUGGGUGGUCCGGUGGUGAGC